AAAAUCUACGGACCCCGGACCCAGUUGAGUAAUUUUUGAAAACAUCUUUUGCUAUGUAAUGCAUAUGCCAUUACAGGACCGUUUAAACACUUAAAUGUGAACAUAAGAAUUUCAAUCUCCAACUUUGUUGUUUUAAAGGGUUACCUGUACAAGGGAUGGAAAAAAUCCAAUUCAAGCCCUUACAAUCCGGAACAUUUUGCCCCUUCAAUAGAAAUUAUUGGGAAGAUUUGGAGAGGAAGUUUAAUUGUCAGAAGCUGGACUUGUAUCACUGUAUUCCGAACCAAGAUAACAACCCGUAUGAGGUCUGUGUCCAACCACAAUGGACAGAAAGAAAUUACUGUCCAAUUUUCAAUAAAAUGGCCGCUGGUUACAUUGAUCACACCUCCUCUGACCCUCAGUAUGGAGCAUGCCCAGACACUAAAUACAGAUCUAAUAUGGUUUAUUUAUACCCGGGCUGUCUGAACAAAACUCUUAAAAGGUAAGUAUUUCUUUUUUGUAACAUAAUGAAACUUUGUUUGUCUAAUAUACACUGAACUUUUGGAUACAUUAUACUCAGAU